UUUUAAUUUCUGUUUUCUUGAUUCUUGAAGAUACCCAAUAUCGCUGAAUUAUGGAAGAAAUUGGCAUUGCUGUCACUCCUAAAAAGGAAGAGGUAGCAUCACCGAGUGAAUCAAGACCAACAUCAACGGGGUCUGGAUUGGAGAAUAUUGCCACAGAUGAUCUCUAUUCGAGAUACAAGAAAUUACAACAGCAGUUGGAAUUCCUAGAAGUACAAGAAGAGUACAUCAAAGAUGAACAGAGAAAUCUCAAGAAAGAAUUCCUUCAUGCCCAGGAAGAGGUCAAACGUAUUCAGAGCGUUCCACUUGUCAUCGGUCAGUUCCUAGAAGCUGUUGACCAGCACACUGGUAUUGUAGGGUCAACAACUGGUUCUAACUCCUAUGUACGUAUCCUGAGUACGAUAGAUCGUGAGUUAUUGAAGCCAAGUGCCAGUGUAGCUCUUCACAAGCACAGUAAUGCAUUGGUAGACGUCUUACCGCCAGAAGCUGAUAGUAGUAUUAUGAUGCUGGGUACAGAUGAGAAGCCUGACGUGGUGUAUUCAGACAUUGGUGGCAUGGACAUGCAGAAGCAAGAGAUACGUGAAGCCGUCGAGCUCCCUCUAACGCACUUUGACCUCUAUCAGCAGAUCGGUAUUGAUCCUCCGAGGGGUGUUCUUAUGUUCGGUCCACCGGGAUGCGGUAAAACCAUGUUAGCUAAGGCUGUGGCACACCAUACGACAGCUGCAUUCAUUCGAGUGGUUGGUUCGGAGUUUGUUCAGAAGUACCUUGGUGAAGGACCUCGUAUGGUGAGGGAUGUGUUCAGACUCGCUAAAGAGAAUGCCCCGGCGAUCAUCUUCAUUGAUGAGAUUGAUGCCAUCGCUACCAAGAGAUUUGAUGCUCAGACCGGAGCUGAUCGUGAGGUUCAAAGAAUUCUCCUAGAGUUACUUAACCAGAUGGAUGGCUUUGAUCAGAAUGUCAAUGUUAAGGUUAUCAUGGCAACGAAUCGAGCCGACACCCUUGACCCCGCCCUAUUGAGACCGGGCCGUCUAGAUCGUAAGAUUGAAUUUCCACUGCCGGACAGACGUCAGAAGCGUCUUAUCUUCAGUACCAUCUGUGCUAAGAUGAAUCUAUCUGAUGAAGUCGAUCUAGAAGAUUACGUAGCAAGGCCGGACAAGAUAUCAGGAGCUGAUAUCAAUGCUAUCUGCCAAGAGGCUGGCAUGCAAGCUGUGCGUGAGAAUCGGUAUGUCAUCCUGGCAAAGGACUUUGAGAAAGGCUACCGGAACAACAUCAAGAAGGACGAGACUGAACAUGAAUUCUACAAAUAAACCAUCAAUGAAUAGGGGCCGGUAUCACAAAACGUAGCAACUGUCUUGCUAUUGAUUGUCUUACAUUUGAUCGUACAUGGUAAUCAAUGCAAUCAAUUGUAAAGAAAUGGUUCUACAAUCAAAUGUUCAGUUUUGUGGAACAAGGCCUAGGCAGAGAUUAAUUUAAGCAUAAUAACUAUGUGCGGACUCACAAAGGCAGUUUCAAUUGUAUUAUGGUAUAUGUGGAUUUUGUAUGCAUGAUUACACUAAUUCCAUCAUGCAUAAUGAAUAAAGUCUGAUAAUUCAAUG